UCUUAGCUGAAUCGUAACACGAAUACUUACCUCAUGACAUUUUAAGUUUACCUCGAUUGCCAUUUUAGGAAUUAGCCUGAGCCAGUGCGUAAAAGGAGUUUAGGGUGAACUUUUCAACGUGGAUUGAGGAUAUCUGAAUUAAUCUGAGAAGAUUUGAUCAUUUUCUUUCAUAAACCUGCAGUCAGAAUACUGACGAUAGUGUUCAGUUAGAAAAGCCACACCUGCAUUUUCAAUGAAAUGACGUUGCAGUGGACUGCAGUGGCUCUCUUCCUGUACGUGGAGAUUGGCAUCAUCGUCAUCCUCUGCCUACCCUUCAUCUCAGCCAGGAGAUGGCAACGUAUCCUCAAGCUGAGCAUCUGGAGCUUCAUGGCGAACUUCUGGAACAGAGUGUUUCUCACCAUGAUCAUCAUACUUAUUGUUCUCUUUCUUGAUGCGGUUCGGGAGGUGAGGAAAUACUCUGCUAAAGAACUUGGGGCAGAUGUAAAGCUGCAACCAAAUAUGUUCGACCACAUGCACAUGAAGCUGUUUAGGGCCCAAAGGAACCUCUACAUUUCUGGUUUCUCCGUCUUCCUCUGGCUGGUUAUGAAGCGAUUGAUCACCUUAAUCAACCAGCUGGCAUCUGUGUCCGGGUCUACGGCUGCUCUUCAAGUGCAGGCUGACAAUGCUAACAAGGUAGCUGAGAAGUACAUGAAGGACAACGAGAUGCUGAAACAGACUCUGAUGGAAGGAAAGGGAGAUAAGGCAACUGCUGAGGGCAUGGAGUUGUUAAGGAAUGAAGUAGGGCUGCUGAAAGAUGAGCUGAAGACCUCCGGCGAAGCCCUGAAGAAGUCCCAGUCAGAUGCAGAUGUCAUGAAGAAGCAGGCGGAUAGCCUCGCCAGGGAGUAUGACAGGCUGCUGAAGGAACAUCAGCAGCUCCAGAAUCUUCAAGAUAGCGGAGACAAAAAGGACGACUAGUUACCGUAAAGUAACUGACUCGUCUAACAAAAUGUUUAAAUCAUAAGAGAGCCAUUGCUAAACGCGUGUCACCUUCACUGAUGCCCUCUGUCAUAGCACAUAUCACUAAAUGAGAUCUAUAACCUCAGAGGAGCUGACCUUUGGCUACAAGACUAGCUUAAAGGAACAAGUACUAUUUGACGGUUUCCUGUUUCUACCUGCUGGAGCUGGAGCAGAACCAGAAGAAGGGCUUUUCCUGUUCUAACCCAAAUUCAGAAUCAUAGGAGUGGGUUUGGUUAGGAAUUGAUUCGGGUCUGAUCGAGUGAUUACUUUUUUAAACGUGCAAAUCGCAUGGGUGCACAGUGUAGCACGCAAAAUAUGCCGAAAGCUAGGACCAUCUAUUCCUGAAGUAAAGGGUCAUACAUUUGUUUUUAUGUUAAAAUUCACAUUAGUUUUGGGUGUGUUGCUGCCAGCUACAUUCACUUUGAUUCACAGUAUGCAAAUGCUGUGCAGAUAAAGUUGGCGUGCAGCGUGGCACCAGACAAAUCACCUUCAUAUGUUCGUUGUAUUUCAGUCAUUGUACUGUUCCUUUUUUAGAGGAAGUAAUUAAAUGAUUGAUGAAUGUAGGGUUGUUUCAUGAUGUCCAAAUGUUUUUUUUUCUUCUUUCAAAUGCUGAUAAAUAUCUUCAAAUAUACAUCAAACUGAAAAAGUGACUUGGCCACUGGGAUAAAGUAGGCUGAGAAAGUAUGGAUGAAAAAAUGUCUCGAUGUGCUGCGGAUCCUGAGAAUGCACCAAUAUUUUAAUAUUUGCAGCAAAACAUUUUUAAAUAUUUUUUUGGGUGUGUCUCUGAAACAAGAACUGUAAUAUUUCUGCUUGUAGGCCAUUUCACUGUGUUAGAGGAGUAGAGGCUGCAUUCGUGCUUAAAGAUCACCGGUUUUGUAUUAUUUUUAUCGGUUUACCACUGACUGUUAAGGCAUAAAUAUAAAUGGGGGGAAAGUGCCUAGCUCUGUUGUAAAAAGUUGUCUGAAGUGCCUUUUUAGCUGCUUAUAAGACAAUAAAGAACAGUUUCAUUAUAGUC